GGGCAUGUCAUAUAGCGUUUUCGUAAUUUUUAUCGUGAGAAACGUUCUUUUUUAUCGCCGAUCAGUAGCGCCGAGUGUGUUAUUGUACGACAAUAUGUGAAAGAAAAAAGUUUGCGCAGCGAAAAGAAAUUAUUAUUUAGAAUAUCCGAUUCGGUGUUGUAGAAGAAAACAUGAUUAUUAUUUUUGUUGGUUAUGGAAGAGAUUUUAGUGUGUGACGCAGAUAAAGUUGCAUUGCGCGCUCCUCCGACCGGCCUCUGGAACGAAUUAGCCAGCUUUGGUUAGUUUUUUUUUUCCACUUGAGACUUUUUCACUCGAAAAACAGUUUUCUCCUUCAUUUUUGCAUUCUUCCGUGUAAUUUCCACCGCAACCUAUUAGAAUUUUGUUUUUUUUUUCCCCUCACCCAGUCGCCACCGUAAAAAGUGCAUCACGAGCGAGAGAGCGAUAAUAAAAAAGUGAGGUUAUGUGAGCUUUCGCGAUCGCGAUAAACUUUGUCAAAAUAUCUCGCUUUUUCAUUGAAUUUCGCAAUGCUCCGAUACAAAAAUUUCACAUAAACACAAACGUCGCGUAAUACACCGGACUUGUCCUUCGUAUCAAAAUCAAUAAUUCGUUCGAACAUGGAAAAAAAAGUAUUAUUGUCACGAAAUUUGCUCAUUUCCUUGAAUUUGAACUCGUGAAUACCGGACUGUCUUUCGAAACAAAAUCAAUAAUUCGUUCGAACAUGGAAAAAAAAGUAUUAUUGUGAUGAAAUUUGCUUAUUUCCUAGAAUUUGAACUCGUGAAUGUGAAAAACUUGAGUCAACACUAUUGUUUCAAAUAAAUAAUCGAAUUCUCGCAGAAGAAACGAGGCGCAUGAGAUUUUUCACGAAAAAUGAGAGCAACCAAUUGGAAUUUAAAAAAAUGACUGAAAAAAGUCAGUUGAUUAAGUAUUUUAUAUUUAGUGCUCAAUAAUCGUCGAUGUAAUAAGUGGUGAACCGUCGUGAGAAUGACAAUUACACAGAGCGAGGAACAAAGUGUUAAAUCCUUGAGUAAAAUCGUCUUAAUCUCGUGAAUAUACGCGAAUUAAUUGUUUUUUAUAACAAAAUUCGUUUUUACAAGAAAUACGUAGUAAUUCGUAAUAAAAAGACACCAAGAAUCAACGACGAUGAGUGAUAAUUCGAACGACCGAAAGAUCAAAGAAUCGCGAAAGUAUUAGUGACGCCCGUUCAUCGUCGAACCAUCGAAAUUAAGGUGGAAAUUGGAAAUUAACGAUUUCACCGCAUAUACCGAUUAAAGUGGAGAUAAAUAAAACCAAAUUUUCGAUGUAAUUUUGCUCGGAGCUUUUCGUCGGUUACCGCAAUCGGGUAAGGCGGCGAGCUUCCUUACCGACUGGCGCACUUUACCGGAAGAAUUUGGCGUCCGACGAGAAAAAACUGUUUUACUGGCCGCGGUGAGCCUCGAGGGCGUCGACAAAGCGAAUGUCCGCGGGGAAAUGUUAACCCUAAAACGGUAACGAGUGUCCCGAGUGUUUCACUGAUUGUUUCAUUGUUCUCUGAUGAAAAAUAGUGAAUAAAUAAAUUUAAAAAAAAAUAAAAAAAAAAAAAAAAGAUGGAAACAGAAUCGGCGAGGAUGGAGAACCCGAAGAAAGUGUCGGAGGAUUCGAAAAAGCUCGAGAAACCAACGGACUCGUUGGAAUCCGUUGAGGCGCAGGAUAAAAAAGGUGAAUCGAUGCCCGAAGAAGAAUCGAAAGAUUCGAACGGGACUGAUGAAGUUUCCGGUAAGGAAAAAGGCUCCGAAACAAAAGAGGCUUCUGCCGAAAAGCGCGAGUCGGGCUCGCAGGCCGGAGAAGAAGUUUGCCCCAGUGUUACGGACGAAAGUAGAAAGUCGGCCGUUCCAGCGGCGGCCAUUCCUCCGCGAGAAAAGUCUCCCGUUCGCCCGAAUAAAAGCGAAGUCAGAGCGCUCCCUGCGGAGGAUGCCAAGGCCCGUAGAAGCUCGGAAAACCCCGGCGACGAUCCCGGGAUCGCGGGGGACAAAGAAGAGUUGUCCCCGUUGGCGAAGCCGGCCCCCGAGUUCGAGCCGAGAACCUCGAAAUCCCCGAAGCCCGAGAGCACUCCGAAGAAGCUCGGCGGCUCCUCGGAGCCUCGCGAUCGCUCAGCAUCCCCGGAAGCUCGCUCGGCGCGUGAAAAUCCGAAAGUAACCGAAGCCCCGGAGGAAGAGGAUCUCGAGAACGGGCAGAACGAGGAGGAGGAGGAGGAGGAGGAGGAGGAAGAGGACGGGACCAUCGACGACGAGAUCGUCGAGCACGAGGAAGAGUCGUCCGGGAACGUGGUGGAGGCACCGCAAGUCGGAAUAGUGGGGCCCCCGACCGCGGUGCGGGACAUAGUGAACGACGAGGAGCUCGGCACGACCGAGUCGUCCUCGUUGCCGAGUGACUCGAAAACAAACGAGACGAAAAAGAGCAGCGGCAACCGGGGGCCGGACGUCGCGGAGUGGGUCGAGCGCUCGCGUUUGACGAACGACGCCAAGGAGGAAAACAACGGCGGCAGCACCGCCGGCAAAGCACCCAAGCGAAGGAAGAAAAGUCCGAUCGAUGUUGGCGCGCCCGGGGGGGGCUCGAGAAACUCCCAAAAAAUCGUAACCAGCAUUAUUAGGAGGAGCAUCAAGUGUUUGAACAAGAUGCAUGCAGCUGCGGAAUACGGAAGUGGCGGAACGAGCGUUAAAAAGAUGGAGACGAGUGAGAAACGAGAGGAGGAUUGUCGGAGUUCGCCAAAAGUACCGCAGAGUCGUCAAAACGGUGCUGCCUUGCCGGAAGAAACGGCAACCGCAAUGGCCACUUCGGCCACGAGUCACGUCAAUUCGGAGCGGCUCCGUUCGGUCGUGAAGAGUGAAAAUCCCUCGGACGAUGAAACCGAGGAACGAUCGUCGACGGUCGACUGUCAAAGGUCCUUGAGACAACGCUCGAUCGACGAAGCGCCAUCGGACUCGCGGAAUUCCAGGAAAAAAUCCCCCCUCAAUUCUACACGGGGCAUCAAAACUGAACGUGAGAGUGGCAGAAAACGUCGCUCGACAGACGACUCCGCCAACUUGGGACAACAAUUGGCCAAGAAAAUGUGCUUCGAGCAGAGAGAACUAUUCAUCGAUUCGCUCGUUGGAACUUCAGAGAGAGUCAGUGCCGAAGAACUGGCGACCAGAGCCGACAAGCUGAGAGCAGAAGUUCAGGCGUUGGACGAGCUCGCCCGAGCCAAAGAAAUGGAAUGGAACGAAAUUUUGAGUAUGAGAAAAUUGAAAGAAGAAGCGUAUCUACGAAUCGAGAGACGCCGACAAGUGGUGGGUUUCAUGGAGAGUAACGGUCAAUUGUCGGAAAAUCUUCCACCGGCGAGUUUGUCGUUGAUACCUGAUUGGGAAUCAUCGUCCGGGGUUGGUACAACGAUGGGUGAAAAUUCAUUGAAAGGAACAAAAAGUCAAGAAUUAUCAGGGACGGCGAGAGAGGGCAAGGAGAGUAUUAGCGAAGAGGUGCGUUUGAUCGAGGCUCAAGAAUCUCAAAAAACAGUUGAAAGUCCUCGGGAAAUGUCGCCCGCGCCGAUGAGAAGGGAGAAAACAAGUGGACAGGUUAAAACGUCAAACAAUGCACAAAGACGCACAGCCUCGCCGAAACAAAUUGGAGAAAAUGGACGUAAGCAGCAGCAACGUAAUCAACAACAGCAGCAGCAACAACAACGACAACAACAACAACAACAGCAGCAACAGCAACAACAACAAAUAAGUGAACAACAAAAUUUGGACAAUCGACAAAUCGGGGAAGGUCGUCAAGGACCCAUUGUUGAUGUGCGAUCAAUUAUCGCUGAUUAUCGUCUGCGUCACCCGGAAACCGUACCUCGGAGGUACGAUAAUAAUAAAAAAGAUCCUCCGGCUCGACCGCGCGAAACAACGACGACGAAUACAAGAACAUCCGGAUUGAUUAAUGUUCGCAGGGGUCGGAGAAUGAGGAAUUCGGUGAAUAUCGGUCUUGGAGCGGGCGGAGCGAUGGUCGAGACGACCCAUCACAACGUCGAUUCCAGACCUUCCAGCACAGACUCUUGCAAAAGUUCCAAUGAUCGUACCAACCCCGAUAAUUCCAUGAGCUUCAAGGAUGUACUCGUCCAAUUUGCCAAAUUGAGCCAGCAACAAGGAGAACCCGUCAAAACUCCCCAAAAUUACCCGGAUGUAACCCUACAUCCGGUCGCACCGACCACCGUCACUAUCAAUUCCACACCCACCCAACAACAAACCACUGGCUCGUUGCUUCAUGGAAUUCUCACCAAAUCCCAAUCACCGAGACCAACCACUUUCUCACCCACCCUCGCUCGCCUGUUGACCGCACCCGAACGUGACAGAACCAACUUGCCAACUUCCAUUACCGCUGUGCCCCAACAAAAUAUUCAGACGCAACAUCUCCUGCAGACUUAUCAGGGAUCCAAUCCCGUCUCUAUUAGCGACUUACUCUCAUCGUCCAAAGCCCGAACCGAGAUCACAAUAACACCGGUCGUUACUCCGAUGACGCCGAGUCACGCUUCACAGUCCAAUAGCCUUGUACAUGUGGACGACGUGGAGGAAGAGACUUCGUUGAUGGACGACAGAGAUUCACGAUUAGGCUCCGGAGCACGAGACAAUCGUGAAGAGAGGGACAGUCCACCUCGGUGUCAAGGGUGUCAAGAACGAGCUGCACAAUUCGUCUGCGCUGGCUGUGGAAAUCAGUGGUACUGCAGUCGCGAUUGUCAGGUAGCUGCCUGGGACGAUCAUUCAGAGGUAUGUUCCGGUUAGUCGAGCAUUUCCUCGUUUAAUUGCGAGAGGAAAAAAACAAAAUGCAAAUGAAAGUGACGUAUCGAAAGAGAGAUGAAAAAUAUUGAAUCUAGUCAAGGAACGAAAAGUCUCGAGACUCUAGAACGAUCCACGAAGACAAGGAAUCUCAGCGGUGGAUUCAGGCGUAAAGGAAAUACGAGAGUGACGAUGAGAGAAAGAGAGAGGAGAGAGAGAGAAAGAAGAUAUUUUUUUGAAAUGCGCGAUAACGGAUUGCGUUCCGUCUCAAUAUAUGCAUAGAUAAAGUACGAUCCACGGACCAUGUUUCCUAUUUCCCAUAAAUUCCUCUCAGAGUUUCACGAAAUGAUGAGGAUAUUUGGAAAAAAAAUGUUGAGAGGAAAAGACAAGAGUUUCGCAACAAUCGACUUACUUAUUACUUCCAAUCGGUUCACGAAGCGAAGCUCAUCCAGAAAUUAUUUCCCUUCAUUCGUCUCGUGCUUCGAACCGUGGCCGUGGAAUGAUCGAACCAAAUCAUCAUCGACCCCGUCAAAAAAAUCUCAUUUGAUCUUGAAAUUAUUAUUAUUUUUUUUUUUCAAUGCCAUUCGCGUAUAUCGUAAAAGUUCGUGCCUCCUUUUUCAAUUCCUCGCCCUCCCUUCUCCUCUUUUCUCAAUUAUUAUCGAGGCGAGUCAGAACGGCGAAAGCACUUAACGACACAUCUACUAAUUUUAUACUGUAAUUUGUUACCAACUCGUAAAUAUAUGAUUCAUCAAGCGUUUUAAACUUAGCGACUUAAGUAUUUUGAGAAAGAGUAAGAACAGACAAACGAAGAGCCUCUAUAUUGUUCUUCAACCUUGUUCUUCGACUGUGUUUUUCUUUUUUUUUUUUUUUGUAAUUAGUCACGGAGGACAGUUGUAAAACCCUCUACUCCCCCAUCUGUAGUCCCAGAGUUCCUGCAGAAUCUACAUUGUGCAAAAUAUUUUAUUUGUUCCCUACAAAAAACACACCAAAAUAAAAAUGUUUUUAAUCGUA